CAUCGGAAUUUUUUAACAUUCUAUCAUAACAAACUUCUCUAAUUUUUUUCUUCUGAGAUUUUCAAUCCACAAAUCCAAUACAUCUCCUUUCGCAUUAUCAGUCACCAAACACAUCCAUCACCGUCAGAGUCGCACCUAAAUCACCUCGCCACAAAACCGCAUCCGAAUCUCUCGCCGACCGCCAGAGACAGUAACAAAAUAUGAACUCAGUUGCGAGAAGUUUAUCAAACUUAUUCAGACAGUCAGUUUUCGCAACUGAGCCUUUUAAUGCUCAGCUUCAGCAAACCAGAGGCAUUCGAGUGCAGGUGUAUAAUGGAAACCUUGAAGGGGCAUUGGCGUUGAUGCAACGUAAGAUGACAUCGAGUGGGAUCGAGAGGAUGAUAAAGAUUGAACAGAGGUUUCAUAUCAAAAACUCUGAGAAGCGUGUGUUAGCGCAAAAGAAUUUGCAGCGUAGGCUUCGAUCGCAGGAUCUUGCUCGGAAACUCAAGGCCAUUAUGAUCAAGAAAGUCAGGUAA